AUGUGGGGCAAAAUCACAGGCAAGAGCGACAGUGCCUCUCAGGAUGGCCGUCGCAAAGCCUCGUCGUCGGCGCGUCGCCGCGAAUCCGUCGUAUCCUCAAGCUCGACUCGGAAACCAGGCCGAAGCGAAGAUAAACCCACUCCUACCUCUAGAAGUACCUAUCCACCACCUGCGCCCGACUCCACCGUAUCCUCUUACGCGACUGCUCCCGAGCUUUACCGUACUGCCGACAGUCGCUAUGACUCCCUCCUCGAGACUGUGACUCGCGCGCGAACCGAAUACGACGAGCGGUCUAGGAUUGACGAUGACACUCGGUCUACACGUAGUAGACGUGCUAGAUCUUCGAGUCGUGAACGAAGGAAAGAUCGCAAGGAAAGAUCUCGUAGUCGAGACCGGGACGACAAAAAGAAGGAGAAGCGGAAGAGGGACGAGGCUGUUAGCAAAAGUACUCGGAAGGAAGGCAAGGGAAGUCGGAGUGAGAUUGUCGACUCCCCGUCCAUGCCACGAGCUGGAGACACGUUCUCCUCUCAAAUUGCGACACCCGGCUUUUCACCUUUUCCCGGACAGGUGGGCGCACCAGUCUCGCCAGAGAUUCGUCCUAUUUCCUCCCACGUCACAGAGCAGUUUCCAGGACAGAACCCAACAGAGUAUUCAGCACCCUUCCAGUCGCCGUUUGGUGCUGCUGCAGACUACUAUGGCGACCAGGGGGAAUCCGUCAUGAGCCAACCAGGAAUUCGGCCCAAUCAACCAGUACCCAAUCCUGAUCCGCAUCUCAUGACACCUACUGCUACGAGCAAUCCGCCACCUGAGACUGGCCAAGGCACCGCAAAUGACUUCUAUACUGGUAAAGUAUCGCCAGUCUAUCCAGGCCCCCCGAAACCUCCAAGACCCGGCAGUCAAAAUAUGCCUGGGACUUUCGAAGAAAGUCCCCCUCCAAUCAAGCCCCCAAGGCCGUCAUCUGGAAAACCCAGCAAAACAAGUUCCUCGAAGCCUAGCUCCUCGAGCAAGCCGAGCAAACCAGGUAAACCAAGUAAACCUGGAAAGGCCAGCAGCGCAGCCACGCUGGCUGGUGGAGCUGUACUUGGUUAUGCAGUGGGCCAUUCAAGCUCCCAUGACCAAUCAAGUUCUCAGUAUGCGACCCUCUCUGGCAACCCACCCUCGACGUUCUACCAACAGGCCUCGACUGGCCCCGUUGGCAGCACCGAUGCUUUCUCCUUGGAGGCGCAUAAUGGCGACUACAGUCAUCCCUCUCCUGAAGCUACAAUGGAUCCUCACGGCCCAACAGUCACCGGGACACCUUCCAAACCAGGUAAGCACUCCUCCAACUCUCAUUCUAACCCAGGAUUGUAUCCAUAUGCGGCGGCUGGACUUGCAGCGGGUGCAUAUGGGCUUCAUCAACAUAGCUCGCAUCAUCACAACUCGCUACCGUUGCCCGCAGGGGCCGCAUACAACACUGCCAGACUUUCACCAGCGCCUUAUGGUGCCAACGCAACGGCGACACACCAACGUCAUGAACACAGAGGGCCAAUCAGCAAAUUUGUGGAUUGGUGGAAGGACUACGAGGAUGUGAGGAAGAUGGAGGAGUAUACCGAGUACAUCGGCGUCUGUCGCAAUUGCUUCGAUCCCCAUAGUAGCGUGCAAGACGCGCCGAGGAAGCAUCACUAUCACGGUCCGCCGCGAAGGCGCUCGAGCGAGCACAAACGAUCUCGCGUCGACAAGGACUCUCGGUAUUAUUACUCCUCUGACAAUGAGCGACGCAAAAGUAACAAAGCCGGCUGGAUCGCGACAGGUCUUGCAGGUGCUGGCCUCGCCAAAGUUGGCAAAUCCCUUUGGAAUCAGGGUCGUGAUGACUUUGAUGAUACGUAUAGCGUGAAGUCUGGCAGAUAUUCAUCGCGAAUCCAUACGGCUCGUAGCAGGAGUCGAUCUCGAGAUCGUAAGAGCCGCACUUCUCGUGGCAUCGCUGGGGGGUAUGAGUAUGGUGGCUCGUCGCGCACGCAUCGCGACAAUGGCUUCACGAGCGACGGCAAGUCAUACAAAGUAGCCCGACGCCCAGGAUCGAGAUCGAGAGACCGCAAAGAUGAGCACAAGACCGUCCGACGCCAUUCAAGAUCUCGGUCGGGCUCUCGUUCCAGGAGUUAUAAGGACGGUCUGAUAGGCGCUGCCUUGGGAGGAGCAGUCAUAGCUUCAGCUACUGGCAAGAGUACCAAACAUCGCAGUCGGUCGAAUUCACCGCACGGAGCUUUCUCCCGCCGGCACGAUAGUAGCAGUGGUAAGCACCAUAGUCAGGAAGGCCUCGGAUCUGUGCUUGGACUUGACCACAAGGAGAAACACCGGAGUUCUCGGCGCUCGGAUGCUUCUUCUUAUGUAGACAUCUCCCGGCCCUAUCGUCGACCCUCUAACCAAGGCCUAUUCGCUGGAUUCUUCUCAACCCCCGAAAAGAAGCCCAGGGACCGCAAGAACCACUCACACCAGAAGACACGAAAGGGACUUUUCAAUUUUUCAAACUCUUCGUCUUCUUCUUCGGAUUCCGGACUUGCAUACGGUGCGGGCUUUUCAAAGUCCCGCAAAGUGAAAGGUAGAUCGUCCAACGAGAGACUCAACGCUACUUUAGUCGGUCUCGGUGCAACGGCUGCUGCUCUCGCUGCUGCCCAGCACAAGCGCGGGAAGUCCACCAACACUGGUCGCAAGCCUGAGGUCGUAGCUGUGCGUGAUACGAAACGUCAUCACUCACAGCGUAGUCAAAAUCAUCGAACCAGUCAUGGGUCUGCUGGGGCAGACGAAGAUGGAUGGGAGUCGGCCUCUGACGUAGAACACGACGACUCUUCAAGUGUCAAUUCCGGCCUUGCAUUCGGCGAAUUCGACUACAAAGGCAAAGGCAAAAGCACUGAAAGUCUGGUGUCCAACGAUUCAGGUACCAACAAAUGGCUCUGGCGUUGGGGCAGCAAGAAGAAGAAACGCCCAGUACCUCCAGCGUAUGACUCUCAGCAGAGCUACGUCGGUCCAGGGACAGCUGGAAUGGCAGUCGCAAAUGUGGGAACGACGAUUCACCGUCACGAGGGAGGGCUGAGUAGUACUAGUAGCGUCCCUACGAUGCAGACUGUCUAUCCAGUACCGACUUCUGACCCCUACAAUUUCGAUGUCUCUCGCAGCUCCAGUCUACCUAUAGUCUCCAGACCCGACAAUGUUCCCCUUCAGCAACCAAAACCAGUCGCACCUGUCAAUGGCAAUGUCCUCUCUGAAUCUGCUUCACUUGUCCGACCAAAUUCUUUUGGUAAUUACACCCAACCGAGCGGUCCUCCUGUGUUCUCAAACGUUCCGACACCUUCAUAUCGCCACACGGAGAGCCCUCGCGACUCCAGAGAUGACCGCGAGAAUCGUCCUACACUUCCAAAGCGCGUAGCUUCUAGCCCCACGAGUAGCUCCUUCAAACGCGAUGCUGCGAUUGCGGGAAUUGCGGGAGUAGCUGCUAUUGCAGGCGCUGCAGCAAUUUCACAGAAACGUCGUCAAAGUGCGCAGAGCCCGAGCUCCGUGAGAUUUGACCUCAACAAAGAAGAGCGCGAGCGAGAGCACAGGAAACGAAAGGACGAGGAUCGUGAUGACGGUCAUCUGAGCAAGAGACGCGAGACCGGCCGCCACGAAGAAAUCGAGCGUGAAAUCAGACUGGAACGUGAACGUAUCGAGCAAGAGGAGCGCAAGUUGGAAGCGGCCAAAUCAGCGGAACGUGAGAGAGCCCGGCGACAGCUUGAGGGCGAAGAGAGGCCACGCUCAGAAGGAUACGACAUUACUCGUCGCCGCGCAGACGAAGAGGCCCUCAGACGUCGGCGAGCGGAAGAAGACGAGCGGCUUGAAGCACAACGCCUGGAAGCUCAAGUAUUCGAAGCGCAACGACUCGAGGCACAACGACUUGAAGCACAACGGCUCGAAACGCAACGACUCGAAGCACAGCGCCUUGAAGCACAACGACUAGAGGCACAGCGAUUAGAGGCACAGCGACUUGAAGCACAACGCCUUGAAGCACAACGACUUGAAACACAGCGACUCGAAGCGCAACGGCUCGAAGCAGAACGGCUCGAAGCAGAACGUAUCAAUGAGCAAAGACGCAGAGAACGGGAACUUUACCUACGCGAAGAAGAAGAAAAGCAAAAGCGACGUGAUCAGCUGGAGGCAGACGACCGCGCUCGGAGGGAGGAGGAGCGACGCGUUGAACUUGAACGCCAAGCCCGUGUUGCUCGGGAGUCUAGAGAGAAAGCUGACAUGGAUCGUGAGACCGAACGCAUCUAUCGCGAGCGGCAAGAGGCUGCUCGUUCUGCCGCUGAGCGCAGCAGUGCAGCGCAAAAUGAGAGUGCUCGCCUCGAGAGAGAGUUCGAACAGAGCCGACUCAAUCGUGAGCGUCUGGAGAAGGAACUCAUGGGUGACGCAUCCUUUGUAAAGCCUCAAUCCACUGGUAGUACCGAUAGGUCAUGGAACAUUGAAAAUCGUGAACGGGAACUUCAAGAACGUGAAAAGAAUAGCGAUUGGAAAGGGGCUGCUGCUGUUGCCGGGAUUGGAGCGGCUGCUACUGCGCUCGCCACAUCAGUAGCAAGUUCGUCAAAAUCAAAGGACUCUAACAGUAAAGACAACAAGGGAACUGAGAAGAAGAGUAAGAAGAGCAAGGCAAAGAAACGCGAAUCGAAAGUUGAGUCUCCAAAAUUCGCCGAGGACGAACAUCCCGAAAUGGAUUUUGAUAAAGACUACUUCGCAAAGAAAGAUGCCGAAAAGGCAAAAGAACCAACUCACACGAUGUCCGCGGAUGAUGUCGUAGAUGAUCUGAGCCAGAGAUACCGCGAGGCAACUCCGAGCCAGGCAGAUUUCUUUGCACCUGAAGAACUGAAAACAGCCUCACCAUCCCACGUGUCUCGGUCGCCCGAUGCGGAUAUCGAGAUUCCCAAAUACUCUGCACACGAUACUAGAUUUGCGGUCAUAGAACCGCCACGGCAACCUCCUUACGACCUACCAUACGCCUUCAGUACUGGAAAUUACAGAUCGUCCUCUGAUACACAUGGCGUGCCAGCGCUGAACUUGAUAACACCUACUCCACCUGCCAGCAGAGCCACAUCUGUUGCAAGUGGACUUUCUCGCUCACCCUCACCUGCCGCUUCUCCAAUCGACGAGCCUACGAAGGUCGAUGAAUAUGCAUCAAUCGAGGCAGCUGGAUACGCAUCAAUGCCACCGAGAGGAGUAAGUUGGGGUGCCAAUGAAACUCGCCACUAUGUACCAGAGACUCCUGAGUCAUCGCGGGAUCAAUUCAUGUCUCAGCAUGACCUUGAUCGUCAUGUGAAGAACAAUACCCAGUCUAGCGAAAGCACUCGUCCAGACCCAUACGCGACACAACAUCAAGCAUAUACUUCGUCGAGCCCCAGUUCUUCACGAACCAGAGACGUUGCAUAUGAAGACUCUGCAAGCCCUGAGGCUGUUGUGUCUUCACGGCACUAUGAUCCCAGCGAGAAGGUCUAUGAGUCUCAUACACCAGAAGUCAAACCUGUUGUCAUCGAGCCUACUCGUCGGGCAUGGAGCGGAAAUAGCAGUCUCUAUCAACAACCAUAUGUGGAAUCCUCAUCCGAUAUUGGGCUGGAAACCACAAAUACUCCGACAGAUCCACUGAAUAAAGACCGUGGCUUUGUCGAAGGUGAGGUUACAGAAGAGCCUGAUGAAUUCUUCGAAGCACGCGACAUACAAAUUCCUGGAGGUUUCAUAGACGAUGAACCCGAAGCUGCUCCUGCUCCCGACUCAGGACCUGCAUUUGCCAAACCCCUUACAAAGAAAGAGAAGCGAAAGCAGGACAAGGCAAAGAAGCGGGAUAGCGCCGAUCAGACUUCGACGGCUUCUGACUCAGCUCCAACAUCUGCGAUCGACGAAGCCUCAACCUCAACCCGUGACGUGAAGUCAUCUGCAGCAGCCUCAGAUGACUGGGAAGCGUCCAGUAGUAAGAAGGACAAGAAGAAAAAGAAGCGUGCGAGCAGCGAAAGAGAUAUCCGAGACAUUGAGCCUGGUGAAAGUAGCGGUCCGCGUGGAGGUGGAGUUGGCUUGGUUGACGCUGUUGCUGCCACGACUGCGGCAAGUGUUGUGGCAGGCGCCGUUUCUGCAGUCUUUAGCUCUGCUAGUGAUAAAGCAAAAUCUUCAGCGCCUAGUACCAGCGAGCGCGAUGGAACGAAUGGUCAUGAGCAAGCAUCUCUGCAGAACAGCAACAAUUCUACUACGACCGAGGAGGAAAAGCGUCGAAGCAUUCCAAGUAACGCUUUUGAUGACCUCGAAGAACUCGCAGACGUCAAGACGCCCAGCAGGAAAGGGGGGAGUAAGCGACGAAGCAAGAACUUCAGCCCAACAGCAUCUCCACUUCGAUCUGAAGUUGGUUGGGAUGAUUACAUUAGCGAGAAGCCUGCGCCGAGCACUGCUGGUCCUGUAGCAGACCCACCGCAUGUGACCAGUGACCUACAGUCAGGUCGCUCUGUCUCCGCCGAUCGAGAUACAAAAUCUGAAACCGCGCGAUCCGACAAUUAUGAAGAGCGACGAAAGUCCUCAAAGCUCAAAGACAAAGAAGACAGUUUCUACGACGAUGCAAGAUCUGUAAAGUCCGAAUCGCGUUACGAUGAUGAACGUGAGCGCCGCAGAGCUGAACGACACAAAUCAGAAGAAAACGAUUAUGACCGCCGUCCUGCUCGCGAAGACCCUACCGUGGAAGACGAAUACGACCGUCGACGCUCGAAACAUCGUGAAAUGAGUCCUGAUGACCGUAUCGCUGAUGAUGCAGAUCGCAAGAAGAGACAUAGGCGUCGUGAAAGCGAACGAGACAAGUCUCCAUCACCUAUCGAUAAGCAUAAGCGAUCUUCUAUUGCCUCCGAGCCAAGCUACCGGUAUGACGACGACGAUGACAAGAAAAGUAGUGGCAGACAUCACAGGCGUCGGGAGAGUGAGAAAGGAAGAUCUACAUCUCCAUCAGACAAGUACAAGAAGUCGUCAGCUGCUUCUGAACCUGGCGACUUGUACGAGAGCUCACACAAGUCCCGAAGAAAGUCGAGGCGCGAUAACGGUGAUUUUGACGAUGCUGCCUCUGUCGUCUCCUCUCCUGCGAAAUAUGAUGAUGACAAGGAGAAGAAGAAAGGAGGCCUUUUUGGAUUGCUUAGCGGACUGAAGUCGACUGAUAGUCUCGCUAGCACGAGCAAGUCAAGAUCCAAAGACUCACGAUACGAAGAAGACGAUCCCGACAAGAAGCGGAAGAAGAAGCAUCGAAGCUCUACUGGAGGUUCCACAUAUGGGUCCGAUGAAGACGACCGGAAAAGUGAGCGACGUGAGCGAAGACAUCGAAGUUCUGUAGCAGGGUCUUCCUAUGGGUCUGAUGAUGACGACCGCAAAGGCGAGCGACGCGAGCGAAGACAUCGAAGUUCCGUUGCAGGAUCCUCAUACGGAUCGGAUGACGACGAUCGCAAGUCCGAACGGAGAGAAAAGAAGAAGGGCCGUGAUUCUCAAGACCAGUCUUUUUUAGGUGAGCGGGCGGUGGAGAUAACUCAAUUGCCCGUUAACCUCUCCACCACCCCGGCCGUAACAAAGCCGGUUCCAGAGUUUCACAGCAUCGAAGACCUAUAUCAGGAUCCAUCUUAUCCUGAAAGUGUUCCUCUACCUUCCAGCGGACCUCCAUCGCCAGCUUCGAUCAAUUUGCCCCUUGCUGGAGACCUUCCACCUUUGCCAGCUUCGUCUCCUGACGAGCUCGCGGAUCUGGAAACACCCCCUUCGUUGUCAAAACUGCGAGAGUCCUCAACUACCGCUGUUCCAUUUCACUGGCUUCGCCGUCCACCUGCAUCGCCCACCUAUGCCAGGAGCGAAUCGUGGAGUUCGUCCUCGGCGAUGAGCCCUCCUGCAUCGCUCCCGGAGUUUCAUCGUCGACACUCGCGAGGCAGCUCCGCCGAUAUGAAGAGGCAGUCCGCAGAAAAGCACAUCACUGAAAUACGUCCACUAUAUCUUCUCGAGCGAAAUGGGAAAGUACUUGAGCAUGAGCCAGAAUCGCUACCUAGCUUACCUCCAAGUGUACCUUCUAGUCGCAGCCCCUCACUCCAAGGCUCAUCCGGAAACGAAAGCGCUGACAAUUGGGAAAGUGCUGUUGAGCACCCAGACGAAAGCGGUUCGGAGUUCUUUCAUAGUCCCGAAGGAAGCAAGCGAGGGGACGAUUCUGUUGUAGGCCACGACAACACUGAUGACUUUCUGGAUAGCCAGCAGGCUACUCCAAAGGCGAGUGAAUUCCCGUCUGAUGUCAAGCGAAUGAUGCUCGGCGGCGACAAUGAUGGGAAGGACGAUGAACAGGCGUUAUAUUCACAUGCCAUUCCACAUACAGACUUAACUCACGCGUUGGCUGAAGAAAUUUCGAAGCAAGGCGGCACAGACAUGUCGAUUCGCGACGCCCAAGAAAAGUCAUUCUCGUCUGAGUCCUUAGAGGACGCUGCGACUGCUAUUCUUAUCGGUGGCUCCGCUGCAGCUGUUGCCCAUGAGCUGCUGAAAGACCACAAAAAAGAAGACGUACCGUCGAUGGAUGUACAUGAAACUCAGAUCCCCUCUCAAGAGCUGCCAACUUCGGAGCAAUCGAGUUUGCAAGAGGCAAAAUGUGACAUCGAUGACUUCAUGUCUGGGGAGCCUAAUGAUGAAGACCUUCAUCUCGCCCCUACCAAGUCCGCUACCCAAGAGUCGGUGCCCCAAGCUCCCAUCACCCCUUCACGCACAUCCUCGAAGAAGAGCAAGAAAGGAAAGAAGGGCAAAGAAUCCGUGUCCGAGCCUGGAGUCCCAAUGGAAAUGUCUCUCGCAGAACAACAGACCCUGAGGGAACAAGAUGCCGCUUUUGGCGUCGACAGCUGGUACGAAGAGCCAUCGACGCCUAAAACCCCAAAAUCGGUGUCCGACGCCGAGAAGGUGCCUCCAAGCCCGACUGUUACAUCAACGGUGCCUGAUGCGCUCAUGCGAAGAGACUCUGUCGGCAAAGGCAAGAAGAAGGGCAAAGCCAAGAAGGGCAAGCGUGGACUCUCUAUAAGCGAAGAUGUGAUCCCUGAAAACUCGACCGAAGCUUCGCAGGGCUCUACAUCAGCGGAAAACAACCAACCCACUCAAGAUCAGGUUGCUGAUGAGACGAUAAAGGAAGAUUUAGAUGAUACCAAGUCGAACCAACCCGAUAGACAAGAGGAAGUCAAACCUGAUGUUCCUGCUAUUGCAGAAGAGGCAAAAGAAGUCUCGGCGUCCAUACCUGAAGAGUCAGCUUUGUCGCAGAUGACAGUAUCUCAAGCUUCGCCCGUAGAUACCAAGCUAGAAGAGUCACGCGAGCUCGACGAUGUUUCGAAAGUGGAGACUUCGAUACCACAGACCGAAUCUCUUGCACAAACCCAAGACAAAGACUCCAUGAAGUCUAGUACUUUACCCUCUACUGCUGUGGAAACGACCGACGCUGAGCCUGAAGUACCUGAAACUACGACGUCUAAAGCAUCGAGGAAGAAGUCGAAGAAAGAUAAGAAACGAAAGCCGUCCAGUCUUGAGUUUAGCGAAGAAGCAACCGUUCCACUGGAUGUUACCAUCUCCGCUGAACAAUCAACAUCUGACGUUGAUCCAAGCGCCCUUGUCGUGCCUGUCGACCAGACUAUCGACGAUAAGUCAUCAAGAGUGACCACGCCUGAAAAGCUUACCGAUCGCGAACGAGAUGAUUCACAGACUCAGCAGUCUACAGGAUCAAGCAAUAAUACUGCCACUGUCAGCCAUGGAUUCAACACGAUACUGUCUGGCCAGAGUGGUUGGGGAGGUGCUCUUUUGGGUGGAUGGUGGGCAAAGAAGAGCACACCGGUUGAGGCCUCUCAAGCAAAACCCGAGCCAAAGGGAGAACUUGUCUCUGCACAGGAUCUCCCGGCUGCCGUAGAAACUGUGCAAGAGAUCAUGACGGAUCAGGGAAUUCCGACAACCAAAGAUUCCACAUCACCAGCAAUUGACCAUCAGCUUGCUCAUGAUGUACGGAACAUGUCAGUCGAGCACAAGCCUGUCUCAAAUGUAGAUCGUCCCAGAGAGCCCGAACAAACCCGAGAACUCCUCGCAGAAGGCACAGACUCACUCUCUACUUCACUACCGCAAAAUUUCGAAACCGAAGAAGAACCUCUCACAGCGCUUCCUCUUGAAAAAACUCAAAUACUUCCAGAGAGUGGGGCUACCCCCGGUCCUGAUGUGGACGAACUGAAAAGCGGGGACAUCGUUUCUGAAAAUAUCGACAAGUCAUUGCCCACGAGUAAGGAGGCUGAAAGUAAGACUGCAGCCCACGAUGAUGAGUCUCUGAUCGCCAAUCCGGACGGCACAACUUCUGCAAUCGCCGCAGCCGAUACGGUGGAAAUACCCGAUGAGGCCAAAACCCUGGAACCGUCUUCCAUCAUAUCAAGUGAUGAAGUCUCUACAGCCCAGCAGGCGUCAGCGCUCGUAGUUCUGUCAGAUCCGUCAGCCGAAACCACACCAAAAGACGAUGUAGCUGAUGACGAGUGGGCUUCGAAGUCAAAGAAGAGCAAGAAGGGCAAAGGAAAACGUAAAACAGUUACCGAAGAACCCGUUGGCACUACGCCGGCUGCAAGAUCAGAUACACCGUCAGAGCCAUCAACUGUGACAAAUGUCGAAUCUCACGAAGUAGUUGAAGAACAAGCCAACCCUUCCUCCGCCACGGCUCAAACUCCCUCAGGUGAAGAUUCUCCGCGUAGCUCUGAGAAGCAGCUAGACAAUAGCACUACGGCUGUCAGCGAUGACUUGGGAGCUUCUGCCAAGAAGAAGGGUAAGAAGAACAAAAAAGCUAAAGCCCAAAAGGGUUCUGUAUCCUCCGAGGCAGCGGUCCAGCCAGAGCCCUUACCUGCAGCAAGUUUGGUUCAUGAUCCUAUCCCGACUGACCUACAUGAGCCGACACCCAACAGUGCAGACUUGUCGCGUUCAGAGCAAGCCGAGGAUCUCUCUGGUGAUGUAGUACAGACUGACAGCGGCGCUGCGACUGAGCCCGAACAGCGUAUAGAGAAUGACGAGUCUCAAAAGAUUGAAGCUGCACUGCCUGUACCCGGCGAAGAUCCAAGUCCCCCAACGGACAAUCAGUCGAUUGCUCAGGAUGACCGGGAAGAGACCUCGCAAAAGCCAAAGAAGGGCAAGAAAGGAAAGAAGAACAAGGCAUCCGGUACAACAACACCAAAAGAUUCAGCAAUCGAAGAGCCAAUAAAUGCGCCCAGCGAUCUCAGCCAGGACACGAUACUUGCUACUACAAUUCCUGUGGUUGCCACAGCCGCAGAGGCGACCGAACAGCCUGCUACUUCUGCUGAGACUGCCGAUGUUCAACCAGAUGAAUGGGGAAAACCGACCAAGAAGGCCAAGAAGGGGAAGAAAAACAAAGCCAAUAAGUCUGGCACAGAUGUAGCAGACUCAACGAUGGAUCCGGUGCCUAGUAAUAGCACACCGGCAGAACCCCCUUCUACUCUCGACAAGCCUGCUACGUCUGACUCCCAAGAGACAUUAGACAAACCUUCAAUUAUCGGCGAUGAAAGUAUUCAAGCUGACCACGAUGCUCUCGAAAACACUGCCCCUGAAAUUACUAAAUCUUCCUCUCCUGCAUCAGACCUGCCUCAAGAAGAGCUACCACAGCCCAUCGAAGACAAAGAUGCCGAAUCGACCGUGGUCGAGUCAGAAGUCGUACCAGACACAGCGGAUACGCAGGCCGAAGCUGGUGCUAUCACGCAGUCUGAAAGUAUAACCGACCGAGGUGCUGUCACCGAAGUCCCAGUCGCCACCGAGGCAGCAUCGUCGAAUGAUCAGCCGGCACAGUCCGAUCCGAUCGAGGAGGAAUGGCCUACGACAGCAAAGAAAGGCAAGAAAAAUAAAAAGGGCAAGAAGAAGUCUAUGUCUGGUACACAGACACCGAGUGAAGAAGUCCCAGUUCAGCAGGAUGCUCCUCUACAACAGCAAGAUGCUCUUCGCGACCAAGACAAUUCCUCUAAACAGCAAGACACGCCUGUCCACAAGCAAGACGUUUCACUUGAACAGCAAGAUGUUCCUUCCGAGGACCAAGACAUUACCCCUGAACAGGAAGACGUUGCUCUAGAACAGUCGUUAUCCGCCCAGUCAGAUGUAAAUGUAGAAGUUCCCAAGGUUCAGGUAUCCCCCCAAGAUGUUGACUCAUCAGUUGCAGUGAUGAGCGACAUAAUGCCAGAUCCACAGUCCGACCCUGUUGAUGGUAACGAUGACCACCGUUUGAUUAGAGAACCUGAAACGUACGAACUACCAGCAUCCCCAGAUCUAAAGGCUGCCCAGACCAUUCCCCAAGAUCCAUUCGUAGCUGAGUCGCAGAACCCUACAGCCGAGCCCGAUAUUCAGUCCCAGCCGUCUAAGAAGAAGAAGAGCAAGAAAGGCAAGGCGUCGAAGCGCGGCUCCAUUGCUGAUGAGCAAAAACUUGAAGAGACUUCAGUUCCUAUCGGCUCGCAGGAAGAUGCCAAUCCUUUGGCUGGAGAAGUCGCAACGGACGAGAAGAUUCCUCAUGAUACACAAGAAAUGUCUACUAUGCCAGUGCCCGAGGAGAGUUCUGCUGGAACUGAGGAUACGUCAAAGGCUAAUGCGUCGAGCAAGAAAGGAAAGAAAGCAAAGAAGGCGAAACGUGGCACCACAGCAAUAGCGUCUCCGAUUGUUGCAGAAGACGCCGCUGCAGAAAAAGCUGUUGCGGAAGAAGCUGCUACAGAACAACCUGUCAAAGAGGAGGCUGUUAAGGAAGAUAUUCCCGGAGAGCUGCAAGAUCCUAGCACUCUUGACACCACAUCGGCCUCUCAAACAAAAACAGAUGCGAGCGCCACCGUUGGGCCAUCACCAAAUGAGCUGCCCGCAAAGGACAAUGCGCCCGAGAACCCUUUGCCGUCCUCUAUUGACACGGCUGUGCCCGUAGAAGCAGUUGAAGCGGUGCCCAUGGCUAAAGAGAGUGCUGAGAGCCAACCUACCGAGACCUUGCUAACCGACACUGUUGUACCUAUCGAAACAGUUCCUGCGGUCCCCGAAAAUCCUGCCGAGAACAUUUCGCCCGACGGCCCUGAAACUAAAGAUGAAUCUGCUCAGAGCCCUGAGCAGGUUGAAGAUCAAGUCGCGGACAACACAUCCACUACUCCUCUCGAUCCCCAAAUUGAAGAUUCUAUUGCUCCCGUACCGAAGAAAACUAAGAAAGGAAAGAAGGGCAAACGCAGCUCUGGCUUUGUUACCCCUACGGAGCCGGACGUUUUGUCGGCAGAGAUCGCGCCUGUACAUGCAGAGUUAAGCAUAACCGAAAAUCCAACUCCUGUCACACCCACCGCUCCAGACGGACCCAACUUGGACGAGGAGGUGGCCGAAGCACCCAAAAAGAGCAAGAAAGGAAAGAAGAACAAACGUAGCUCUAGCCUUGUUGUGCCUCCGGAACCGGAGACCUCGCUAGCUGAUACCGCGUCUAUUCCUCAAGAGUCAAGUACCACAGAAGAUGAGCCAAGUAAGUCCACGCAGACUGACGACAAGAUCGAACCCGAGCUUCAAGAGCAAGGCACGACCGACGAGAACUACCCAACGUGCCCUCUUGACACCGUCGUUACAGAUGUACCAGUUGAAGGUUCUGCAGACUCCACGGAAGGAAUGUUGCACCAUGGCCCUGACGUUUCGGUACCUGAGUUUACUAUUGCCACGCCUGUUCCGGUAGAGAACCAACCUUCCGACUCUGACAUGAAGAAGGACGAUUUACAAGAUCUCGAUUCUAAGCAAGCUUCUGCCGAAAUAACUCGUGAUGAUCUUACAGAAGGCCUAGAUGCUGAGCCGAUAGACAAAGCUGAGCUUGACGCUUUCAUGCGUGCAAAAAAUUGGAACGAACCUGCGGGAAAUUCUUUGACUUCGACGGUGGAGCAAGGCCAGAAUGAUGCAGACGAACACUUCCACGCUCCAGUUGAAGAUGCGCAACAGACAAGAGAGCCUUCCGAGCCUGCGCCUGGGCCUGUCGAGCUCACACCAGAAGCCGCCAAGCCAGCUGAGACUGCGGCGGAGGACAUAUGGGCUGAACCUCCGAAAAAAGGAAAGAAAUCAAAGAAGGGCAAGCGCACGUCUACCUACGAUACCGCUGUCGACAUACCACAAGAACAAACAGAGGUACCCAGAGCCACAAUUACUGAGGGUAAAGAGAUGAUCUCUCAAGAGGCUAGCUCUGUCCCGGUGUCCGUCCAGAGUGCUGGCGAGGCUACGCCAAGCGUCCCCUCUGAUAAACCUGUCGAUAGUCUUGCGGGGCCUGAUCCCGAGCCAGAAGAUACCAAAGCUUCAACAUCGAAAAAGAAGAAAGGGAAAAGGGGGAAGAAAGGUAAACAAAACGAGCCAGAUACAAGCAUGGAACCAGAGCCUGCGCAUGAAACUUCCAAACCUGAGCCAGAAGUGACUACGGUGGACCCUGUGCAAAUUCCUUUGCCAGUGGAAGACAACUCUUCACUCUCGUUCGUGGAAGACUCACAAGUCGCUACCGAACUUCAGGAUUAUAAGGCUACGGAAGAGACAGGUUCACUUCUUCGUCCCGCAAUCACAGAAUCAAAUGAAACACCGAUCAAAGAAGAAGACGAGCCACAAGUCUUAGCAGCUCUCACAGAUCAGGCUAGGUCCAAUUCGCCACCAAAUAUAUCCUCCGUGGACCAACCAACUUCUGAAAUUUCUCGAACCACAGGGGAGGAGUCAGUCCCGCAGCUAGGGGCCUCUGCUUACACAGAAGAGCAAUCUUUACACCCAGCUAAUGACAUCGAAGAGGCCAAUCCUGUUCUGCCUACUGCAACGCCGCUUGCCGCCGAAAUACCUGCUUCUGAAUCUGUCACUUUGGAUGAGCAAAAGCAGGAUCAAGAGCCUCGGUCAGGACCAACCAUAAGCGACCCAUGGGGCUUGGUAGCUGCUGCUGUGAGGCCUUCAAGUCCGACACGCGAUCUCAAUUCCCCGAGUUCUUCCAACGUUCCCGCCCCCGUCGAAGCGACCAAUGCAGAUGCUUCUGAUACACUUGAUCAGGUUACGAUCCCAAAUGAUGCCGCGAUCGAAGCACCCACGAAGAAAAGUAAGAAGGAUAAAAGGAAAGGGAAGAAGAACAAAGAAACCCUUUCGGAGACUGCUGAAUCUUCCGAACAGGCCGGGAAUGAUUUAAUGGCCAAGACUUCCGAUACAGUUAAAGAAACAUCGGAAGUCAUGCAGCCGGUUGUCGAAGAGCCUGCGAUCUCGAACAUCGAGGCAAAUCCAAUUGAGACAGUCCAAGAAGAUCUUCCGUCGGCCAGUGUUAGCAGGACAUCCAGUAAAAAGGAGAAGAAGAAGUCCAAGAAAACAAAAUCGAUAUCCUGGUCUGAGCCUGAAGUCCCUACUGAUGCACCUGAUUCUCAAUUAGUGGAUCAGCGGAGCAGUGAAAAGGCUGUUAAAGUGGAUGAAGACGUAACUGUGGAACCUACCGCUGACUCCCUAUCUGCGUCCACACAUCAAGACUCGGGCUACCAUAGUCGAGUUUUGCCUGAUGAAGUCACUAAAGACUCGAACAGCUUGGAAACUUUGACGCAACCCGAACAAGAAGCUCCAGUUCCUGUGAAACGCAGUCCAUCUCCGAGCGAUGUUGACUUUGCGGCCACUGUCGCAGCAGGUCUAGAAGACGCUGGCUUUAAUUCUAAUAUAAUUACGACAGAUCCUAGUUUUCUCCAGCGUUCUCCUCCACAGUCCGCCAUCGAGCCUGAAGCGGAAGAGUUAUUCACUACGACAUCAAAGAAGAAGGCCAAGAAAGGCAAAAAGAACCGUGGUAAUUCUCAAAAUGAGUUCAGUGCCUCUCACACUCCCGAGCAAGGCGAGGCGAGCAUAUCUUCUCAACUCGAUGUACCCUUGCCAAGCGAUUCGUCUUUUGAUGCCAUUGUUGCUGCAGGUCUUGCUGCUGCAGGACUCAGCACGGCGUCUGGAAGGUCGUCCCCGGCUGAGGCGUUACCAAUUGAGCCCGAGGAUGGCUCAUGGAUGAAAAGGCCGAAGAAGAAGAAAGGACGCAACAGUCAGCCUGUGACGCCACAAGAGCCUGUCUCAGCUGAGCUGAAGGAUGCACUGGAUAAUGUAGAAUCCUUGACACUCGAUGCCCCCAAGAAAGGCGAUGUUGAACAUCCCAUUGCCGAAACGCAAGUAGAGCCCGAAAACGAUUCUACAGCGGUCAACGACGUCGUACAAAACCAUCCCGCGCUCGAGGAUGAACAACAAAUGAAAAUACCUGUUGAAGACGUAUGGAGCCCUGAGCCAAUCAAGAAGAGCAAAAAGGGAAAGAAAGGCAAGAAAGCUCAACAAGAAUCGCUUAGCUCCAGCACUUCCGACGCCAUCGAGUCUAUUUCGCCGAAGAACAUCGUUGAUUCGACCAUUGAUGCAACUGCCGAACCUGCGAGGGCUAAGGGGGACCAAGUCGACAUGCCGCAAGAAGCUAUUGAAGGGCAUACUGCCUCAUCUGACCAAGUAAUUAGCACUCAGGAUCUCCUUCCUACAGAGGCGCAGUCUGAAUUAUCAAGAGAAUUUGAGACACCCUUGGAGACAUCGACCACGGAUAAAUCGCAGACAGAGGUCGGGGAACCUUCAAAAGCAUUCGACUGGGCCGAAGAAAUGGAAAAUUUUGAAGCUGCUUCUACCGCUCUGGGGAGUAACAUUCAUUCCACCGAGGUUCCUCACGAGGGCGGUCUAGAUACUCCAAAAGACUUGGUUGUCGAAGCAGAGGACAAGGACAAGGAAUUGACAACAAACCCGAAGGGCAAGAAAGGCGAGAAGGGCAAGAAGGCACAAAAGGCGCAAGAGUCGGGAUCUGCCACACCUGUAGAAAAGGAAGUGGAUGAAGCCGCCUUUGGUUUAGACGUACAAUCGACCACCGCUGAGAACAAGGCUCCGGAAGAGUCCAUACCUGUCGAGCAUGAUUACCUUGCAAGCUCUAUACCCUCCAGAAAGUCAAGCAAGAAAGGGAGAAAAGGAAAAAAGAACAGCGGCUCGGUGACACCUGCAACCGACGUGCUCGACACGGCAAAAGACAUAGGAGUGGGAGCUGCAAUAGGGGCAGCGAUUUCGAAAGUCUUGGAAGAUAAAGCUCGAGAGCAAGACGUCGAGCCAAAGGAUGAACCGUCAAAGGCAUCGACUGAGAAACUCACCGCUGAAGACGGUCCACGAGCGCGCUCACCUUAUGACGAAAGUGCGAAACUGAAACCUAGUGGAUCCAAGAUUGCAGACCUCUUCCCCGGAGUAGAACGCGUCAAGCGCCGCGCACCAGCAUCAGUAACGGCACUCGAGCCGAAGGAGAAACGCGUACAUCUACCCGAGAAGACACCGGAGGAGAGCACGACGACUGGCUCCACGGUCGAUAAAAAGUUAUCAAUAUCAGGUGAAGUAAAUGCACCACUAGAGCAGGCAGUCUUGGCAGUUCCAGAGUCGGAGCUUCACAAAGUACGAAGUGAUCGCAGUCUAAGGGACGUCCAAGAGCCGUCCUGGGAAUUCCCAGCUGAGACGCGGGACAGUGCCUUGCAUAUUGAUGACUCCCCUACCAUAGCGUCAGGCCCAACUAAUGAAAACACGGUCCGAGAUAGUGGGUAUCACGAUACGCCACUGACACCGACGGUGGACCCGACAGGUAACAAUGUUGAAGGGAACAGUAUGGAGCGACAAGGAAGGCCAGAGGUCAAGGACGAGUUGAACAAUACAAUAGAGCAAAGAACGCCCGAGUUGAUGACCACCCCUCCGGCGGAAACAGAUGUAUUUCACGAUAAAUCAAACAACAACAGUCAGGUUGGGUGGGAGUUGCCUGUGAAGAAGAAAAGACUUUCGCACGAAUCUUCAGCAGCACUAUAUAACAGUCCUAGCGAGGAAAACAUGACACCACAGAAAUCCAUUUCCCGGGCUGUAGAAGAAGAGAGUCCUCAACUUCCUAGUGGAAGUCCAGGUAUGACGACACCUUCCGCCGUUGACUCGACUACGAAGCAGCGUGCCUCGUACUUGUUUAAAUCAUCACCUUCUGUUCAAUUUGGAACGCCCACUGAGUCACCUGCUACAGAACGAAUGCGAGAAACGCCACCCCAACGCGCAGUAUCACCACCAUCAUUCCCAGCCAGCCAGCAUCGUAUCUUACCAAGCAUCGAGCAACAAGAUGUUUCGAUGGACUCGCCACUCAAAGGCGAAGAGGGGUUGCGGUCAGUAUUUGGGGACGGUUCUACGAUUGAUGUCGAGCGACAAGCAUACACAGCUACACCAACUCGACACUUACGAUCCCCCAGCGUGCCCCUCGACACGAUCCGCGAAUACAGUCCGGAUGAUUCGCCGUUAAGCAAGAAGAACCGGGACAUUAGCGAUGUCGGUGCACCGGAAAGAGGAGUCAAGUCACGUAAAAAGGUGCGCGCGUCGUUACAGGAGGAGCAGGUGUCGCAGUCACAGCAGCGGUCACCUCCCCAUACACCACUUGGCAAGUAUCAGCGUGACAUUUCGCCGCUAUCAACAGAUGAAAUCAUUGAGUCGAUGCCAUGGCCUGAGAUUGACGAAGAAAAGGGGAUUGUUGGGACGGACCGACAUCUCACACUCAGUCCGUUGCGUGGAUCACUCUCACAACGCCACUCACGGUCAGCCAGUGGUGACUUUGAUCCAGUCAAGCCGUCGCCCCGGAUCGCAUCGCCGUUGUCUGCGGUCAGCGAGAGAUCGGGAGGCAGUAGCAGCAAGUACAAGACUGCUGAGCAUCUGCGACCCCUGAGUUCAGUCAGCAAUCGAUCAGCCACUCCGCCUUUACGACGAGUGGACAGGAGCGUGUCAGGUGACCUAAGAGCCCAAGCCCGAUUAAGCGAGGCAGGACCGAGUGGUGGCGGUGGUGGCGGUGGUGGCGGUGGCAGUAGCGCUGGACCCUCGAUCGCAAAACCACAAACACCAUCACCUCUCGACAAAACAACAAGCACCGCACGCGCAUCCACCUAUGAUCCCAGGAAGGAUAAGGGUAAGGGUCGCGCCAUUGAGAUGGACGAUGUCUACGAGGGAUUGGGCCACGUGCAGGCCUCGCCAAUGUCGCCGACGCGACCACCCAGCGUGCGCAAGCGACAAAGCAUGCAAAUUAUGGAUCUCGAGGCACAAGUUCGUAUGAUGGAAGCCGAAAACCAAAAGUUGCAGGAAGCCCGACGCGCCGCCGAGGAAAACAUCCAUCACUCCGUCCAACAACGUGCUCUCGACCACCAAGUCAUCUCUGAACAGGUCCAGGCACGUGACCAGGACAUCCGUGCCAAAGAUGCCGAAAUUGCCCAACUUACGGAAACGCUGCGGGCCAUGCAAGAAGAGGUCCACCGCCUGACUCUCAUCAACGAUCAGUUGACCGAGGCCAAUCGCAACCUCACCGCCGACACCAACGAACGCUAUGCGACGCUGCAGGCCGAGAGCUCGCAUGCGAACAAGGAAUGGCAAGCAUCCAUCCUGGCCUUGGAAGCAUUGCGUGCCCAAAACGAACGAAUGAAGUCGAGUUACGAGACUGUUGUUCGCGGUGAGAUUGAAUCGCAACUGUCGGAGAAGAACGCCGAGAUUCAACGACUGAAUGGCGAGCUGCAAGCUGCGCUGGUGACAAUCCAGCGCACCAAAUCCAAGAUUCUGUCAACAAAAGAAGGCGAAAGCUUCCUCACCGUGCGUGACGAGGACUACUUUGAUACGGCCUGUCAGAAACUCUGCGAAAGAGUCCAGGGCUGGGUCCUGCGCUUCUCCAAGCUCUCGGACAAGCGUAAAUGCCUCUUGUCCUCGCAAAUCAAUGACGAGAAGACCGAAGGCCGGCUCGACAACGCCAUCCUCGACGGAUCUGAAGUUGACGUGUUGUUGGAAGACCGGCAAAAGCGCCGCGAUGUCUUCAUGAGUGUAGUUAUGACCAUGGUGUGGGAAUUCGUCUUUACUCGCUAUCUUUUCGGCAUGGACCGCGACCAGCGGCAAAAGCUCAAGGCGCUGGAAAAGCAAUUACAAGAAAUCGGGCCACAGCGUGCAGUCGCCCAAUGGCGCGCAAUCACCCUUACACUGCUCAGCAAGCGUGCAGCAUUCCAAGAGCAACGCGCACAGGACACGGAGGCUGUGGUGCACGAGAUUUACAGCACGCUCGCGCGUCUACUACCACCACCACGCGACGCUGUCACGGGGAUCCAAGAGUCGCUGCGCAACAUCCUCAGACUGGCAAUCACGCUGUCGAUCGAAAUGCGCAGCCAGCGUGCCGAAUACAUUAUGCUACCGCCACUGCAGCCUGAUUACGACGAGCACGGCGAGCUUGUGCGCAAGGUGCACUUCAACGCCUCGCUUAUGAAUGAGCGGUCGGGCGAGACGUCAUCAAACGAAGAACUGGAACAGCGCGGGGCGGUUGUGCGACUGGUGCUGUUCCCGCUUGUGGUCAAGAAAGGGGAUGACAAUGGAGAGGGCGAGGACGAGAUUGUCGUCUGUCCGGCGCAAGUGCUUGUCGCACGGCCAAAGGAGAAGAAGGUGGUGAGGGUGAUGAGUGGAGCAUUGAGCAUGGGAGGCGGGAAUGCCAGUACCAUGAGCGUCGACAUGCGGGACGCAUUGUGA